CUUCCAUGCUAGAAGAGGCAGUGUUGUAUCAGUCACACUUGGAUCCUGCAGAAUGUCACCUCUGUAAUGACCUACCUUUGUUUUGGUUUUGAUGGACGUGUGCACCGGCGAGUAAGAGCACUCGCUUGCAGCCUGUGGACCAAUCAGGACGGCUCUGGACGCAACGAUGGGUAACAGUGUAGUGAGAGAUGGCGCCCAGCUCGAAAUCUGAAAAGGACUAUAACAAACAGAAAGCUCAAAGAAAGCAUAAAGACCAUGUCGUGAAGCUUCUCAUGCAUGGCAAGCUAUCAGGACAGUUUUCUCAGCGCCUGUUCAGGAAGCUCCCACCUCGAGUGUGUGUUCCAUUAAAAAACAUUGUCAGCGAGGAGUUCCUGAGAGCAGGACACAUCUUUCUUGGCUUCACCAAAUGUGGCCGCUACGUUCUGUCCUACACCAGCGACUGUGGAGAAGAUGAUGACUUCUCCUUCUAUAUCUACCAUCUCUUUUGGUGGGAGUUUAACCUGCACAGUAGACUCAGACAGGUCCAUCAUGUCCGUUUGUUUGCUGGUGAGGAAAUCUACAGCGACCUGUACCUGACUGUGUGUGAGUGGCCAAAUGAUCACUCCAAAAUUGUCAUCUUUGGCUUCAAUACACGCAGUUCAAGUUCUGUUCUGAUGAAUCUAAUGAUGAGUGAUGAGAACAACAGAGAUAUCUACAUUACCGUCGCUUCCAUGCCUCCCCCUAAACCUUGCUCUUACUGCUGCCCAGUUCCCUCAGCCACUACCAUCCGCACAGGAAGUGGUGAGUGUCUGGAACAUGGCUAUAUGCUCAACAGCAGGUACCAGGUGGUGUACCCAUUCCCAACUUUCCAGCCAGCUUUCCAGCUGAAGAAGGACCAGGUCAUCUUUUUAAACACUAGCUACUCUCUGGUUGCCUGCGCCAUCUCACUCUGCCCAGGUAAGCAGGGUCAAUCAUCGCAGAUCCUCUACACAAAGAGAGCAGUUUUGUCAACUCAAGCCACCGCAUACGUUUCCCUCACCUCCUCAGCCUCUUCUUCCUCACUACCUCAGGGAUCUCCUGAAAGCCGACUGCCACUUAGCAGACCUGCUCUGAUCCCCUCAUCUCCUAGCCAGUCGCAGGCAGCUGUGAGAGCCCGGGAGUUUGCAGCCAACCUCUUCAAACGGGCCCAGGGAGGAAGAGGAGGAGGAGGGGGGAAAGAAACUGAGAACCAGCAAGAAACAAAACCAGGAGACAAAGCGAUAAAUGUAGAGAGCAGAAAAGAGGAGGGGGAGGACGAAAGACGGACUAGUUUACCACAAGCAUCAACAUCAGGUUUGAGCCACAAUUCGCAUCAGUGCCCAGAACAUGUGAUGUCUCCUGAAUCCUCUUCCUCAUCUCCUUCAUCCCCUCCAACCCCAUCCUCGUCCCAGGAGGUUGGCCCUAGCGAGCCUGGAUAUGUAAACUACUUACGCCUGCACUACUGUCUCCAGCAGCCAGGGGCAGCAGAGCAGAAUCCAGGAGGUGCUGGAGGUUAUGAAGAUGAUAAAGUUCAGCUACCUUUCACGGUCACUGAUCUGAAAGGACGGAACCUGCAGCUGGUCACUGGACCACAUCGUGGACAGACGGUGUGUGUGGAGCAGUUGACUCUAGACUUUGAGUAUCUUAUCAAUGAGGUGAUCAGGAGCGAUGCUGCCUGGGCUUCUCAGUUCUGCUCCUUCAGCGACUAUGACGUGGUGAUAUUAGAGGUGUGUCCAGAGACCAACACUGUGAUGAUCAACAUUGGCUUGCUGUUACUGGCUUUCUCCAACUCCGAUGAGGAGCACUGCAGGCCAAACACCUACCAUUCCAAUCUCCAAGUUAGCUGGGACCUAAAUACUGGCAUAUGUUGCACUGUGGGCGUUGGUGACCUUACUGAGGUCAAGGGUCAGACCAGUGGGAGUGUGUGGAGUUCUUACAGGAAGUCCUGCGUGAACACAGUGAUGAAGUGGCUGGUUCCUGAGAGCAGCUCCCGGUAUAUCAAUCGCAUGACAAAUGAAGCUCUACACAAAGGCUCAUCUCUGCAAGUGUUGGCAGACAGUGACCGAUGUACCUGGAUUGUAUUAUGAAGACAAAUGAGGGCCACAAGUGUCAAAGCAGUGGCAACUAAUGCACCUCCUCACUAUCUACCUGGCCUCAUUUUUAGUUUUGAGCAUGACUUUAAUCUCCGCAGAGCUGCACAUGUCCAGUGUAACAUAGUGAAAACAUGUCAAACUGAACAAAGAACGCUCUAGGUGAAAUGCCACCAAGAUAAAUUUAUAUUAGGUGAUCUGUCUAACGGGCUACAGGUUUAAUUGUUUAAUCUUUAGUUAUAAUUGUGUACUGUAUUAUUGCAACCAUCAAAACCAGGAGCUCAUCUGAAUGAAGUUUGUUUUUACCUUUUCUUUUUAUACAAAACGGUGUACUUUUAAGUGUGUGUGUGUAUGAGUGCAUUUUGUGCAUGUGUGUCUGUGUCUGUAUCUGUACCUGUGUGACACUGCUAAGGUGAAUUCACAGAAUAAGUGUGUGCAUGUGUGAUGUGUCUAACAUUUGACAGAUUUUGCUGCUUCUGAACAAAUUGUUUCCUCAUCUGGCAUGGACCAGUUCAGUCUGUCUGUGUUGAUUUAUAAGGCCGCAGUAUUUAAAGUGAGACAAGGUGAAACUGGCACUGCUCCAUUUGGCCUCUACCAUGGAAGUAGUCGUGGUAGGUGCAUGUUCAGCUAGUUGACAGUCAUGGACAUGGAAGUAAGAUCACAUUCUGUUGGGAGAUUUUGUUAAAAUAAAAUGUUCAAAA